AUGAGAGGACACACGGGUCCUCGUCUUCAUCGUUGCACCACUACCUUCAGCAACACGGUGCUCGUCUUUCUUCUCGUUCUACUUUGCUGGACACCAUACCAUAAUGUCGUCGAGGCCUGGCCCUAUGUCGACUGCUCGGCGACGAAUUCGAUAUUUGCCCUGGAGCGGGUGACGGCGCACUAUGAUCACGGAAACAACUCGAUCGGCCUGUCGCUCCAGGGCAAUUUCACCGACACCUACUGGGCCCAGGGCUACUCCGAACUAGCCACCAGUAAAUGGAGGACCUCGAUCCAGACUACUAUCAUGGGAACUCAGCUGUACAGGAGCGAAGGACCUGCCUGCGCAAACGAUGGUAGUGGCAUGAUCAUCGGAGGGUGCCCCACAACACCAGGUCUAGGGACCAUUCAAACGAGCUUCAACAUCUCGCAGGCAGCGCCCUUUGCAGAGCUCAUGGUGACCAUGCAAAUCGUGGGGAGCAACAACCAAUCGAUUGUCUGUGUGGCCAUUCUUUUGGAGCAAACCAUGGAGACUGUCAACAAUGCAGUCAGCGUCCUCCCCCUGGCCCUGGCCUGUCUCUCGGGCACAAUCAGUUUAGCUGCGACUUUUAUGAGAGCAUCGAUCGGAAAUGGCUUCCUUGGUGCAGCAGCAACAUAUGGAAUGGCAACUGAACCAGUCUCAGUCCAUACCCCUGGAUUCUUCGACAUUAUCUUCUACACGCAGUUUAUGCUCAUGACAGGCCAGCUCUCGGUCAACUAUCCGUCCUUCUACUCGAGCUUUACCGCACUGUUUCAUUGGUCGUUUUUGGAAUUCCGGGAGACGCUCCUGGGCAAAGGUCCAGCCAACGCCACCGAUGUUUUAAUUUUUGGUGGCGCGGGCUCUGUUAACCAAAUACAGGACUCGCGUCCAGGAUCCAGCAGAGGCGGCGGCUCUUCUAUCCUCACACCCACAGUUACAACCACAGCCGCGACAGUUGUCGCAACCACCACCGAAAGUCCGUCUUCCCUUCAGAAACGAGACCUGAGCCAUGAAAAACAGCCGGGAUUCGUCAUCGAUCAGGAUCUUUUACCCUUGGCCUGGACCACUCAGGCUGGCUCUGCGUUGAGAGCCGCCAUUGUCGACCCCAGAGCCACCCCUCGUGUGUACAUCCAACCAGCUCUACCUGCCAAACGACAGGUUCAGGUCGAUGUCGGUCCAGACGAGACAACCUCGGUGAGCCACGCGACACCAACGGUAACUGAUACCGUUUCUGUCAGCGCAUCGACGUCCGACACCUCCACCCCCACUACUACAACAACAACUUCGGACUCUAAGUCAAGGACCUCCUCGUCGACAUCAAACUCCAGCCCAACAACAACGACAUCAAAGUCACCCGUCAGACCCAACCUACCCGUCACUCGAACUUCGCCCAGUCGCCCUCCCGCCUCUUCCACUUCGCCCACGCUCAUUAUUCCAACUAUUCGGGAUGCCUUCACCAACACCAGUGAGAGCAACAUCCAACACAACGUGUCGCGCUUCGGAAUCGAGGCCUAUGCAGCCGCCAUUGGUGCGUUCCCAUCCUCACUCUUCUUGGGGACCUUGGUGAAUGCUGCUCUUGCUAUGGCUGCAGCGCUUUUGUUGUCGGGCGGCUUUCUUGGGAUCGCCUGGAUGAUGGCCAGGGAAAAGCACCAGCGCGGAAAGACGCUUCAACAUGCCCUCAACUUUGUCGCAGGCAACAUGCUGCGAGUGUGGUCGUUGCUUUAUACCCCUUUGGCCCUUACGGCCAUGUACCAACUAACGAUCUCGGGUGGUGUAGCUCUGACAGUCGGAUCUGCCGCCUCACUUUUGGUCAUCUCCGUCGGCGCCACCAUUUUUUUCACAUGGCGAAUUCUCCGAGGGUCCUCUGAGCACUUGCUCUUUGACGACUUGGGAACUUUGCUCAAGUAUGGCCCGCUCUACAACACUCUUGCCCAAGAGGGCACUCUGUUCUUCCUGGUUACAUUGCUGGUCAGGUUCUUGUGGGGACUUGCCGUAGCGAUGCUGCCGUCCUAUGGCGUCGCCCAGGUCGCUGUCCUGCUGGUGAUCGAGUUGGGCUACACACUGGUCAUCGGUGUCAAAUGGCCCUUCUCCGAGUCGACCGACAACAAGUUCCACCUCUUUCUGGGAAUCGUCCGGAUCGUCAUUACUGGAUUGUCGAUUGGAUACAUUCAUGAGAUUGAGACAUCCCCCGAGCUCCGAGAGUUGCUGGCUUAUAUCCAGAUGGCACUUCAUUUGGCGGUUUUCAUUGUCAUGUUUGCGCUGACGCUGUGGAACCUCAUUCAGGCCUGUAUGUUUUGGCACUCGCGGCAUUCUGGUACCUGGAGAGGACCGACCAAGACCUACAGCUUUGAGGAUCCAUCCCGAGAGGUGGAGCAAGGCUGGGGUCUUAAUGGGAGACCGCUCCUGCACAGUGGAGCGGCUCAUUCCCGCGGAGUGGCAGUCUCCAACAGCGAUAACCGGGCCAGCGGCGAGGGAGAUGAUGACGACGACUUUGGAGCCGGCAAGAAUAGGCGCUUUACGGUCAUGUCGUACUCUUCCCUGGGCAACAAUAGUCAGGGUGCUGGUGGUGGAAGCAAUGGGGCGAGGAGAGAGUCGAUGCAGCAUGCUCUUCAUGCCCAGCAGAUGAGGCAGCUGCAUCAUGAUAGCUCGGAUGAUGAGACGUUGCGGUAUGGUUCCCCAGCUGAGCGGUAUCGACAGUCGCGACUUAGUGACCACCGUCAGCCAGCCUUUAACCAGUCUGCGUCGUCUGAGACAGGGUCCGGUCCACCUGACUCUGGAUACAUGGGGCCUGUCCUCUUGUCGUCGGCUGGUGUUGGAUCUGGACUCAAGGGUGGCGCGACUUCGCCACCUUCAGAUACAUCUACUGUUGAUGGUCGGCAGUCGCAACUAACGGUGAUGAGAGGCGGUUUGCCAGCGCGCGACUCUUAUGCCAGCUUGCAGCGGAUGUCACACCAACAACCAUCUGCCGACCCACGGACGAGACGUAUGUCGGAUAUCACCAGGGACGGUCCUUACCUAUUUAACGCGCACAAGGAGGAGGGGGAUAGUUCUAGAGAGGCAGCAGCGGCCGCAGCUGCAGUGGUCCGCGAGAGCACGUCGAAAUUUGGGUCAGGACCGGGACUCUGGGCUGGCGUCAAGGCAUCCCUUGCAGGUGUCUUUAGAUUCGGCAAACGGUCCAACCAUUCCAGCCCCUCCAGCGACGGGUCCAAGCCCAAGGCCUUCGAGGUCAUGCGACUGCCACGCAGGAACUUUGCUGCUGACCCUGAGUCCCCUACAUUGGGCGACCAUGCAGACGAGACAGGGUCUCAGGUUGGCGGAGAUGCGCGACAUCUCAACUCGAUCGGGCUGUCGAAAUUCUUCCAGGAGUCUGAUCGUGGAUAUGAGAAGAAUAGUAACCUGGUGGUAGCCAACCCUUCGGCGAUGAUCUCUAGGACUGGAAGUUUGGUCUCGACGGUGUCUGGCGCGGUGGGUCCUCAUGCUUCGAUUUGGUUGCAGAGGGAUGGGUCAGGAGCCGCAGAGUCGAUCAAGACCUUGAGGAAUGCCCGGUCGAGAGGUGCAGGGGUUGGAUCGGGACUUGGACCUUCUGCUGCUGUGGCGGCUGCGACUGCAGCGGCAGCGGCAGCGGCAGCAGCAUCGGUGUCAGGAAGCACCAAGGGGUCUGGUCUGGGGAUCGACACUGGAUCCGAACACGGAGGCGCUUCAAUAUCGAUCUCGGAUCGGGAAUCUCGUCGGGCCUCGUCGGCUUUGAUGAGUGGCGCUGGCAGUAUCACCGGAUCUCAAUUGUACCCGCCACGCCAUUCUGCCGAGAGCAGCAACAACCUGGCUGAGGCCAUGACGAUCGAGGAGCCCUUGCAGUUGGAUGGGGGUGGAACCUUGAAGGUUUCCAAGGGACCCGAGAAGGCUGUCCAGUACUUCCAUAAGGGUUCGGGCCCCUAUAGCCGGUCGGUUGCUGAAUCGCUGAAGGAUCAGAAGCGGCUUUCGAAACCUGAGGGCUUCUCUGCCACCACGAUCUCGUCCUCAUCGGUCUCCACACCUUCUUUGCUCUUGCCGCCGAUCCAGACGGGUCAGUUGGUAGGCGGAAGUGGAGUAGCGGCAGGGAAGAAGGUUGCCGCCUUUUCUCCUUCGGCGUCCUCGUCGCCUACGACCAAGAGCCCAACGUCUGUGGGAGGUCCUAGCGGUCUGGGCGAUAUUUCCAGCAGUAGUCACGAUAGCAAUAGUGUCUCGCUGAGCGGCGAAAUCGGUAGCGAUGGAUCUAGCCCAACAGAGAGUCAACCGAGUCCUAACGCCAAUGUCGCGGUGAGCGCCGGAAGGAUGCACGAGAUCUUGGGUCGUAUGUUCUCUGACCGGUCUAUCCGCCUGCACCCCGGUGCUGGUGGAGCCGGUAGUGACCAUGAUUCGGAUUCGGUGUUGAGUGAGGAUGCACUUUCGUCACUUUCAGGAGGACCCGUCUCGACCGCCACUGGGCGAAAAUCCCUCUUGGGACAGACAGAGACAACAGGUCAUCACGACAAUGAUGAUACUGAGUCGAUUGAGCAGUACGAUAUCCUCCAACCUGUCAUGGAAGGAUCUGACCUUGAGGACGAAGAUGACGGCAGGUAUGGUGUGGGAGAGAUCGAUCAGGAUCAGACGCCUCGACAGUCCAACUUUACUCUCGUCACUCCGUCCUCCGCGUCGUUGGUUGUCCCUGGAGGUGGUAGUAACGGCAGCGGCAGUGAUUCGGGAUCAAAGACUGAGCUUUUGAAGCGCGCCACCUCCUUGUCUGCCGAGAAGCUCCCUCUCCUGACCACUACUGCCGCUUCCAGCCCGAACUUGGCGCGGUCUCAAUCAGGAGGUCCUACUUCCCCAACUUCGCCCACUGGAUCCUCUGCGUUCAAGCAGCACCAACAAGGAAAACUUCGACCCCAGCAACGAUCCAUUGGCGGUCGACCCCUCGCACAUUCACCACUCCACGAACCAUCCGUCCUCCUGCGCACCGCAACCGCAGGCGCAGCCGCCGCUAACGCCGCCGCCGGGAGUGCUUCCACAGGUUCCGGAAACUCAUCCCCACACCUCACAUCUGACCCUAUCUCAGUCGGAGGUUCAGACCUCAGCCGCCAGUCGUCGUUGCAGUCCGGAGCAGGUAGUCCGCGGUUAGAGUACCUCGACGCGAACUGGAUGCAUAACGACCCAAGUACUGGACCUGUAGAUCGAGGCGGCUUGAACAGGAAUGCGUCGAUUGCGACUGUGAGGUCUGAUACCUCGUAUGUCACGGCGUAUUCACAGUACCCUUCUGAUGAUGACUAA